CGUACCCGGUGCCGUAGCCGGUUCCGUGGGAGGCUGGGCUGUAUCCGGUGGUAUCCCUGGUUCCGUGGCGGUGCCGCGGGAGGCUGGGCUGUAUCCGGUGCUAUUCCCGGUUCCAUCCCCGGUUCCGUGGCGGUUCCGUGGGAGGCUGGGCUGUUCCCGGUGCUAUUCCCGGUUCCAUCCCCGGUUCGGUGGCGGUGCGAGAGGCGGGCCGGUGCUGUACCCGGUUCGGUGGCGGUGCGGGAGGCGGGCCGGUGCUGUAGCCGGUUCCAUCCCCGGUUCGGUGCCGGGAGGAGGCGGGCCGGUGCCGCGGGGGGCGGGUGCUGCCCGCGCUGAGCGCAGCCGGCGGGCGAUGCGCUUCCUCCGCUGAGCGCAGCGCGGCCGAGCCCGAGCCGGCAGGAUGACGGUGGAGUUCGAGGAGUGCAUCAAGGACUCGCCCCGGUUCCGGGCAACCAUCGAUGAGGUGGAAACGGAUGUGGUGGAGAUCGAGGCCAAGCUCGACAAGCUGGUGAAGCUGUGCAGUGGCAUGCUGGAGGCUGGCAAGGUUUACAUCACCACCAACAAACAUUUCGUCAGCGGCGUGAGGGACCUGUCCCAGCAGUGCAGGAAGGACCAGAUGAUCUCGGAGUGCCUGGAUAAAUUUGGGGACAGCCUACAGGAAAUGAUCAAUUACCACAUGAUCCUGUUUGACCAGGCCCAGAGGUCGGUCCGGCAGCAGCUGCACAAUUUUGUCAAAGAUGACGUGAGGAAGUUCAAGGAGACCAAGAAGCAGUUUGACAAGGUGCGAGAGGACAUGGAGAUCUCUCUGGUGAAGAACGCGCAGGCGCCGCGGCACAAACCGCACGAGGUGGAGGAGGCCACGGGCACGCUGAGCAUCACCAGGAAAUGCUUCAGGCACCUGGCCCUGGACUACGUGCUGCAGAUCAACGUGCUGCAGGCCAAGAAGAAAUUUGAGAUCCUGGACGCGAUGUUGUCCUUCAUGCACGCGCAGUUCACCUUCUUCCAGCAGGGCUACAGCCUCCUGCACGAGCUCGACCCCUACAUGAAGAAAUUGGCCACCGAGCUGGACCAGCUGGUGAUCGACUCAGCCGUGGAGAAGAGGGAGAUGGAGCACAAGCACGCCCUGAUCCAGCAGAGGACCCUCCUGCAGGAUUUCUCCUACGAUGACUCCAAGGUGGAAUUCAACGUGGAUGCCCCCAACGGGGUGGUGAUGGAGGGGUACCUGUUCAAGAGAGCCAGCAACGCCUUCAAAACCUGGAACAGGAGAUGGUUUUCCAUCCAGAACAGCCAGCUGGUCUACCAGAAGAAGCUAAAGGACGUGCUGACCGUGGUGGUGGAGGACCUGAGGCUCUGCACGGUCAAGCCCUGCGAGGACAUCGAGAGGAGGUUCUGCUUCGAGGUUGUGUCCCCCACCAAGAGCUGCAUGCUGCAGGCUGACUCGGAGAAGCUGCGCCAGGCCUGGAUCCAGGCUGUGCAAGCCAGCAUCGCCUCCGCCUACCGCGAGAGCCCCGACUGCUUCUACAUCGAGAGGCUGGACAGAACAGCCUCCCCCUCCACCAGCAGCAUCGACUCAGCCACGGAUUCGCGGGAGCGGGGCGGGAAGGGGGAGCCGAUCCUGCAGAGGGUGCAGAGCAUCCCUGGGAACGAGCAGUGCUGUGACUGUGGGCAGCCAGAUCCCCGCUGGGCCAGCAUCAACCUGGGCAUCCUGCUCUGCAUCGAGUGCUCCGGCAUCCACAGGAGCCUGGGUGUUCACUGCUCCAAGGUCCGAUCCCUCACGCUGGAUUCCUGGGAGCCAGAGCUGCUGAAACUGAUGUGUGAGCUGGGCAACAGCACCAUGAACCAGAUUUACGAGGCGCAGUGUGAGGAGCUGGGGCUGAAGAAACCAACAGCAGGGAGCUCCAGGCAGGACAAGGAGGCCUGGAUCAAGGUGAAGUACGUGGAGAAGAAGUUCCUGAAGAAGCUGCCGGGCGGGGAGACGCUGGCUGAGGCCGAGGCCGAGCCCAAGCGGCGCCGCUGGUGCGUCAAGAAGUGCCAGAGGCACAGCAGCGGCUCCCGGGCGCCCGCGGCACGCAGGAAAUACCGGCAGGAACCGGGCAGCGCCUGCCCCGCCAUGCUGGCCUCAGCAGCCACCCUGGAGAGGAAAUUCCGCCGGGAUUCUCUGUUCUGCCCCGACGAGCUCGACUCUCUCUUCUCCUACUUCGACACCGGCGCCGGCUCCGGCCCUCGCAGUCUGAGCAGUGACAGUGGCCUGGGCGGGAGCACCGACGGCAGCGGCGACGCGCUUGUGUUCGGCUCCGUGGUGGACAGCGUCACCGAGGAAGAGUGCGAGGUGUCGGAUGACUCCAGCGGGGAGGCGGAGCUGGAGCAGGAGGUGUCGGACCUGGAGGAGGUUCGGGAGGUGCCGGCGGGGCUGGUUCUGUCCCGGGCCGCCCAGAGCCGGAACCUGCCCCUGCUGGCCGCUGCCCUGGCCCACGGAGCCGAUGUCAACUGGGCCAACGAGGAGGACGAGGGCAAAACCCCCCUGAUGCAGGCUGUCAGCGGGGGCUCCCUGCUGGCCUGUGAGUUCCUGCUGCAGAACGGGGCCGAUGUGAACCAGCGGGACGCGCGGGGCCGGGCGCCACUGCACCACGCCACCUACCUGGGGCACACCGGGCAGGUGUGCCUGUUCCUGAAGCGUGGGGCCACCCAGGACACCCCGGACGGGGACGGGCAGGACCCGCUGAGCAUCGCGGUGAGCGCGGCCAACGCCGACAUCGUCACCCUGCUGCGGCUGGCGCGCAUGAACGAGGAGAUGCGGGAGGCAGAGGGGCCCCUGGGGCAGCCCGGCCAGUACCCCAGCAACAGCCCCACGGAGCUGCAGUACAGGAAAUGCAUCCAGGAGUUCAUCAGCCUCAACAUCGACGAGUGUUAGGGACAGCCCGGUGCCCUCGGCCGGCCUGGAGCCGGGCGGGGUCCCCGCGAGCCCCACCCUUGGAUAUUCGGUGUUUUCCCUGCUGGUUGGUCUGGUUGUGAUGCCUGCACACCCCGAGGGUUGAGCUGCCCUCAGGGGGUUUUUCCUUGUGGGGUUUGAGUUCUCAUGCUUGACUACUGGAUGGCUGAUUUUUUUUUUUUUUUUUUUUUUUUUUUUUGGAGGGUGUUUUUGGAGUAGGAGCCUCCCCAGGGUAUGACCAUGGAGUGCGUUGUAAGUGUGGGACAUGAGCUUAGAGGUUAAAAAACAACAAAAAAACAACAAAAAAAGGAAAAAAAUUUCAAAAAGAGAAGAAAAGGAAAAACUUUUUGUGACCAGGGGAGAGCCACCAACACCAGGAGCAGACACAGCUCUCCCUGAAGAACUGGCUUGGAAUUCUGGCAGGGAUAGUGGCUGGAGCCUGCUCUGCCCUGGGAGGGCCCCGAGGUGCCCUCCAGGCUGGAUUUGGGGCAGGGAUGCUCCGGAGGCCCAGCCGGAUCAGGAUCAGGAUUGGGAUCUGGAUCAGGAUUCAGGAUCUCCAGCUCCUCGCCCGUCGCUGCUCUCAGGACUGAACCGGCCACGCUCCCCUCGACUGCUGCCCUGGCUGCUGGCUGCCCAAAGCCAUAGCUGCCCUGCUUCACCCCCUGCAAUUCCCAGAAGGAUUCCCAUCCUGCGGGAUUCCUGGAAGGAUUCCCAUCCCACUGGAAUACCCAGAAGGGUUCCAGCCCCACUGGAAUUCCUGGAAGCAGCAGCACUGAUCCCUGUCGCUGGCGAUGGGCUCGGGGCAGGGAGGGGAACAAGCUCCAGCUGCUCGGUGCAAUUUCACAGAAUCACAGAAUCCCAGAUCCCAUUGUCCCAGAAUCCCCAGGCUGGGAGUCACCCUCAAGACCACGGAGCCCACGCCACGCCCCCACACCCCAACCAAACCACUUCUAAUCCCAAUCUUCUUCCAAUCCCACCCAGGGAUGGGGAAUUUGCCUCCUCUGGGUUCCCUGCAGGUCUCCAUGGGGGAAAUUCCACCUGCAGGAAUCCCCCCUGUGCUACCCCAUGUGCUGGGGCAGCUCAGCAGCUUUGGAGCUCCCCAGCUCUGAGGAGCAGCAGAAUUUUUGUGGUUUUCUCCUUUUUUUUCCUCUCUCAGCUGCAGUUAGGGAGCGUGGCUCUCCUCAGAGCACUUUGCUGCUGUCUCACCCUGUUCUGGGAGGGUUUAUGGGGCUCAGGGGGCUCUGGAGUCCUGGCUGGAGCUUGGAGACUUUCCCAAUGUCCCCAGCUGCAGCUGGCACCAGGGUUUGUCAGGAUUUGGGGGCAGGAUUUGGGGUCAGGUUCUGUCAGGAUUUUGGAUCCCCGUCCUGGCUGCUCCUGGCACAGUUGGGAUGGGGCUGGGAGCUGAUCCUGCUCCCGAACCCACCCGAAACCCCGGCCUGGCUCCAGCAGGACACCCCAGAUCCCUGAGGAGCCCCCGGAGCCCAAACCCCGCUGGGUCCCAGCCUGGGGCUGGCCCAUCCCAGGAAUUCCCUCCCCAUUGGUGCUGCCCCCAGCCCUGGGGCAGCGCUUGGUGCUGAUUCCCCCUCGAGCCGUGCAAACCCUUCAGGGUCCUUCAGAGCUCUCGGGAGGAAAGAGAAUUCUCACAUUUGGGAGUGGAGGAGAAUUGUCAUCAUUUCAGAAAAAAUAAUUUCUUCAUUCUUGAUAGUGGAAGAGAGUUUUCACCAUUUGAGAGCAAAGGAGAAUUUUCACAUUUAAGAAAAAAGGAGAAUUUCACAUUUGAGAAUGGAGAAUAUUCCUCAUUUGAGAGCAAAAGAGAAUUUUCACCAUUUGAGAGUGGAGGGGAAUUUCUUCCCUCUUGAGAACAAAGGAGAAUUUUCAUAUUUGAGAGUGAAGAAUUUUCACAUUUGAGAAAAAAGGAGAAUUUUCACCAUUUGAGAGUUGAGAAUUUUCCCCAUUUGACAGCAAAGGAGAAUUUCUUCACUCUUGAGAGCAAAGAAGAAUUUCCACCAUUUUUCACCACUUUUCAAUUUUCACCAGGACAAUUUCACACUCUGCUCUGCUCGUGGAUUUCAGCACGGCCAUAAUUUGAAUUAUUUGAAUUUUUUAACCUGUACAGCAACUCCAAACUGAUUUUCAACCCCCCCCUGCUUUUCCCAGCUUUUUUAGGAGGAGUUCAAAACCCAACUGAUCCUUUGGAGAACCGAGGAAAAACCACAGCUUCCAUUUUUGGGUCAUUUUAUUUCACUUUUUCUGGGAAUUCUGGCCACAAAUCCUGGCCAGGCUGCACCCUGGAAGCUCAGACUCACUGCUGAAGUACAUGAAGUUGGAAAAAAAAUGUAAAUACCGAUGCAAAAGGCAGCAUCUUGCAAGACAAUGGAUUUAUUUAACAUUGUAUUGGUACUUUAAAUAUUUAGAUUCAAUGUAUAAAAGCAACUUGGUGCACUUUUCCUACCUGACAGUAUUUUGGGGGGUUUUAUGUUCUUUUGUUAUGGGUUUUGUGCUGUCUUUUUUAAUCAGUGGAAUUGUUUAAGUAUUUAAUUUAUUCUUAUUAUUGAUGUGCCCAGAGGACUAGUGCAAUUUUUAUUCAAUACAGUUGGUCUGUAUUUAAUGUCAGGAUUUUUUCCGUAGCGUUUUUAGGGAAUAUUUUUCCAAAAUUGCCUCUUUUUUUUUUCCCCUCAUCCCAAUUUUCCUCCCUUCCCCCCCUUUUUCCUUUUCUGUUUCCAUCACGGAUUCAAAGCCUCAAAAUUUGAGAUAAACCAAACACCCUGCAGUCCCCAAACCAAAACUUUCUCCAGGAAAAACACGUUAAGGAUGCACUUC